CUGGCAAAUUUAUCGUUUACCAACACUUACCCUGCUUCAGAAAACAGCUGUUUUGCCUAAUCGUCUUUUUUUUUGUUAAGAGUUGUUGCGAAAAAACUACAACAAACGAUUUAAAAGUGUAACAUGUUCCGGGCUACAAGCUUCGCGUAAUAACACGCCUCCCCAGAUACCGUCGUGCGAUGAAUCUGCGGCCCCGCUGCCGCAAGUGGCUGCCACUGGCCACCCAGCAGCUCCGACUACGGAACCUGGCGCGAAUUCAGGGAUUUAACAUUGUGUCCGGGGCCCUGGAGUCAGGGGAACAGAAGCAGAUUGAGCCGGACGUGCUCCUCUACUACACGCUGCACACCGACAAGGCCAGUGAACCGUUCUACACUAGCGAGAAGCUGCCCCAGAGACAUCAGCAGCAAAAGUGGGCGGAGAUUUGUACGGAUGACGAGGCCUGGCGUAAGUCGAAUGCGCAGUGCGUGUGCAUAAGGGUGUGGAAACACCGACCGGCGGAGGGGAGAGAUGGCCAACCAACUGAGACUGAAAACAGGACUACAAAGAUGUGCAGGAGGUCCGCCCAACAGCAAACCCCUAGCAAGUUGCCACGCCCGCCCGAGCUGUUGUUCACCUGGGGUGUCUACUUCUCCGGCCUUAUACCCCUGUCGCCACUAACCCUAGCCAAGUGUGGUCGUAAUUGCUUGGUUUUUCAGUUAAACGGCGAGCAGUUCGCAUCUCCGUUGAUGAUUACCGAGCAGGGCCUACAGGCGCAGCUGCAUUUGCAUUAUCAAAAGUACGCGGAGGAAGAGGAGCGGGAGGAACCCCGAGAUGAGGGAAUAAAUUCGCCGACUGCCAGCCGCAGUUCCAGUCCUGUGCUGAGGAUGAGCACGAUGCGGUAUGCCCAAUUAAAGUGCCAGCAGCAUGAGAUUCGGCGGAGCUGCAACCUGGACAAGCUGUUACUGCUGCAACGUUUGCAGCGACUGCAGCAACAGAAGCUACGCCAAAUGAUGGAUAUCAAGAAGGAGAUCUCUCGCCUCAGCGUCCAAUGCGUGACCAAAAACGAGCUGCGCCUUAAGCCUCGCACUACUUCAUUGUCCGGCGACCAUGCUGCCCACCAUCAUCACCAUUCCAUGGGACGUGCCCUAAGCGUGCUGCUUGCUGAGCAGCAACAGAUCUCGCCCCUUACCCUGUACAAUGCCCAGCAGUUGACCAAACAGAUCGAGCGACUUAGCAGCCAGCAGCGAUUGCUGCAGACAGAGCGGGAAACCUUUCGACAGCGCAACGAACAGGUUCGCCAGCGUCUUUUAUUGCUCCGUGAGCAACGGGAAAAGCUGCAGCAACAGUUGCAUAAUCGGCGGCUUCGGCUGGAGCAGGAGUGCCUAGAGCUGCGCACCAUGGCUCCUCAGCACUUGGCGCAGCGAGAUCAACGACGUCAAAUAGUCCGACAGGUGGAGCGCCGAAUGUCGACACUGGUGCUGGAGCUGCAGGAGAUCUACAACAUUCAGAACGUGGGCGGGCAGCAGCUUAGCAUCUGUGGCAUCGCCUUCCCUCACAUGGAGCAAUAUACGAGCGAGUCGCGUCAGGCAGGAAACGCGCAAUUGAUGGAGAAUGUCUCGCCGCUGGCGGUGAGUGCGGCCCUGGGCUACAUAGCGCAUAUGGUGCAAAUGCUGUCCAUCAUUAUGGACCGACCGUUGCGAAACCGCAUUCUCUAUGAACCCUCGAGGGCACGUAUUGUAGACGAUAUCAAGGAGUUGACCUAUACUACCAGGGAAUUUCCCCUUUACACACGAUCUAUACUUCCGUCACAGCAGACAAAGUAUGCCAUUUACCUGCUGCGCCAGAAUGUGUCCCAGCUGUGCUUCGACAUCACCGGCCACUGCGACCUACGGAACACCUUUGGUAAUCUGCUGGAGCUAUUUAACACCCUUCGUUACAUCGAACGCACGCAGCGGGACGACGCCGAUCAGCGGGACGGAGGUGGCAGUGGUGGAGCCCGGCUGACAAAUGGAUUGUCAGCGCCGCCGAACUUGUCGCAGUCCCACUCUUCAGUAGACAUGAAUCAUGUGCCGCUGCCGACCAGCGCCAAUUCGGCAAAAGAUGCACUACUGCAACAACUGUUGCCACCGGGGGUCAGUCAGGCUUUGGCCAUCGAAGGAUAUGCGUCAACGCAACGCAUCUGCCGAUCGGUGGGUUCUUAUUCCGAUGGUGAAGAUGAUUAUCGGCCUCGACUGGAACACAACUAUUCCAAUUCGGACUCCAACAUAGCACUUCAAUCGGAGCGAAGCUGAAGGGCGAUAGAUUCUGCAAUAUAAUUCAGGCGUUUUAUUCAACUAUAUAAACACAGCAAUCUGCAGUUGUUGCAGUUUUUGGAAUGUAUUAGUUCAAGAAAAAUUUGUGUGUACUUUUCUAUUUAUCAAAGUUCGAGGGCAAUGCACAGUUGGUAUAAUUGCUUUCAACGAAAUAGAAUGCGAUUAUUUAUGUGUAUAUUAUUUUUAGUUGUUUAAGAGAUCUCUCUGUAAAUUCCCUUUUAUUAUUGU